UUUGCCGGUAACACCGUGGAGACCGAACUCGUGCAACUGUAGGUCCAUCGAGCCAGGACCGGUCAGUGCGUUGUGACCCGCGACUCAACAACUAGAAUUCAACCUGAGAUAAAUGAACACCACGAGGAAGGAUACUGCGGAUUAAGGUGAUUGGAUACUCUACGCAAAGAUGAUUUCGCGGUACCAAAUUCUGUGCGUAGUCCUAACAUACGGCGCGGUCUCGUUGUACCAGGCGAUGGCGCAAGUGGACGGUUACACACCUGGUGUGGACUAUCCGAUCUACGAUACCGUACCUUUCGGCCUCACGUUUACCUGCGGAGGCAAGUUACCUGGUUACUAUGCCGACCCUGAAGCCAGAUGUCAGGUCUGGCACUGGUGCUUGCCGAGUGGACGAAUGUUCAGCUUCCUUUGUCCAAACGGCACCGUUUUCAGCCAGUCGGCUCGUGUCUGUGAUUGGUGGUUCAAGGUCGAUUGCAACGACUCGCCUAGACUGUACGGCAUCAACGACGACCUGUACAGGGACGUGAACGGCAACAAGAUCUAACAACCACCGGUGCACCUGUGAACCAUUAAAACGCGGGCAAAGAAUGCAACGUCUCCGUACAGUCUCUACGUUGGGCCAGGAUGCGAAAGAAGAAACCAAGAAACGAACGAGGAAUCGAGGAUUCGUCCAGCGAGUUGUUGAGUUCCUAGCUUGCCGGCGGAGGGAGCGCGCGCGAACAGGCCGCUGCAAUACUGUCGGACGCUAAAUUCCACGCGAUGGUAACCGACUGUUCCGAAGCUGCUGUUCGACAUGUAGAUAGACAAUUUCAGCCGAACACAACCACACAAUGCUACGUUUCAUCCAUAGGAAUACCCAUAAAAUUCUCUACCGCACAGUUUGACACAACAGACCGAUCCGUAAUAGCUCUUAUAACAAAACCCGACUAUUCAAUAAAACAAUCAA